AAGGUCAAGGGGUGUGAAAAUAUCAACCAAUGAAAUUACAGAAACGUGACACACCUCUGUCGACACGUUACAUGUUUAUUUGACGAUAGCGUCGGUUGUGUAAAGAAGUUAACUAUAUUUUCUGUGAGAUUUGUUUGUGGAUAUAGAUACAGAGUUAAGCAAGAUGUCGAGAUUUCCGACCUACCUGACACCUGAACAAGAAGAUGAAUUGAGGAAGAUAGCCAACGCCAUUGUGGCUCCUGGGAAAGGAAUUCUUGCCGCCGACGAGUCAACAGGUACAAUUGGGAAGAGAUUUGCUGGUAUUGGUGUAGAGAACACAGAGGAAAACCGACGUAGGUACAGAGAACUAUUGUUCACAGCAGAUGCUGUUGUUGCUGAGAACAUCAGCGGUGUGAUUCUCUUCCAUGAAACUCUCUACCAGAAAACAAAAGAUGGAACCCCCUUUGUAAAAUUACUGACAGAUAAGAAUAUCAUCCCAGGAAUUAAGGUAGAUAAAGGUGUGGUACCCCUAGCAGGAACUGACGGGGAAUCUACGACACAAGGUCUUGAUGGUUUAGCAGAAAGAUGCGCACAGUACAAAAAGGAUGGCGCACAAUUUGCAAAAUGGAGAUGUGUUCUGAAAAUUGGUGAACAUUGUCCGACAUACCAAGCCAUGGUGGAAAAUGCCAACGUUCUGGCUAGAUACGCUAGUAUCUGUCAACAGAAUGGUCUGGUACCAAUUGUUGAGCCGGAGGUACUUUGUGACGGGGACCAUGAUCUGUACACAGCACAGAAAGUCACAGAACAGGUUCUAGCUUUCCAGUAUAAAGCAUUGAGUGAUCAUCAUGUUUUCUUGGAGGGAACUUUACUUAAACCUAACAUGGUGACAGCCGGCCAGAGCUGUAAACAGAAAUUUACUGCUGAACAAAAUGCUAAGGCCACCGUAGAGGCGUUGAGUAGAGCUGUUCCCCCAGCUAUGCCAGGGGUUGUGUUCCUGUCUGGUGGUCAGUCAGAGGAAGAUGCUACCUUAAAUCUGAAUGCCAUUAACACCUGUCCUGGUCCUAAACCAUGGGCUCUCUCAUUCUCAUUUGGUAGAGCCCUACAGGCCAGCGUACUCAAGACAUGGAAAGGUGAAGAUGGCAACAGGGGCGAUGCCCAGAAAAUGUUCCUUACAAGGGCAAAAGCUAAUGGUCUAGCAACACUAGGGCAGUAUAAAGGCGGCAUGACGACAGCCGCUGGUGGGGAGUCACUGUUUGUUGCCAAGCAUCAAUAUUAGAAAGGUCCUAUAUGAGUUAGCGAUAGAGUUGAUGUACGGGACCAAACGACAAAUCUACGCAGUAUCUACAACAGUAUGGGAGAUCAUUUUACAGGACUGGACAUUAUAGUCUUGUACAUGUGUCGCAUGAACAAAUGUGUAUUGCAUCAAAAUUAAAUCAUUUUUGAUCGAUGGAAGUUUAGUUAAACAACUCGUAUGCUAUUUUCUUAAAUCUUGGAACAAAAUUGAAUGUUGAAACUCACACAAAGAAAAUUUAUGAUUUAUGUGAUGUCUCUUAGAAUCUUUGUAAAUUGUUCAGGAUUAAAUGGCUUUAAAUUACAGACGUGACUAGGCUGUUUAAAACCUAGUCUGCUGAAAAAAUCAGUCCAUUGGUUGGGUUAACGUAAAUCUUUACUCCAAAUAUUGAUAGAAAUGUGCCAUAUUUUACCAAUUUUGGGUUCUAUCUUUGACAAUGUGCAUAAGUUGACAGUUAAUUCAGUGGGUACAUGUAUAAACAAACCUGAUCUGCUAUCCUAAUGACUUGUUGUAUUUGUACUGUGUUUACUAGAAUCCAUUGUGUAUGUGUGGAAAGAGUAUGACGAUUUUUCACGGAAUAUUUUGUUUUGUAUGCCUUUUGUCUAUUUUUUUUGUUAAACGGUACAAUGGUGUGUUGCGAAAUCUGUCUAAUCUGGAUAUAUAGAUACAUAUUGGCAUUUAAAAUGCAAAUAAAUAGUUUCAAAUAUAUGCAUUAAAAGUGCAAAAAUUCUUUUAAAAUUAAUAUCAUCACAGGAGAGGUCAUUUAACUUUUCCGGUACGAAGAAGAAACAACAGAAAGGAGGUCUACAAAUGCUUUGUUUCAUACGAAUUAGACCUACACAGUUCGUACAAUGUAUCUUGCAAGUCAUUAACACCGUCACGGCGUAGAGACGGAUAAAAAGUCCAUUAUUCCAGGAGAAUUUUGUUUAUUUAUAAUGGAGAUUCUGCAUGUUAUCAAUCAGGAAAAUAUGUCUGAAAUAUGUAAAUUAAGCGGAAUUCAGAUCAAAACUCCGCCUGGAAAAAAUGGCACGUGUGGAUAACAUGCGGAGUAGUUUUUAGAUCGUCCGAUAUUUGAAAACAAAUCCUGAGGUAUUGUCAUGCACUUGAUCGUCGGCGUUGGUUAUUUUUUGUUUAGAUCCACCUUUUCUCCUAAACUAUAAGAGCUUCAGCUUUAAAACUUUGCACACUUGUUUAUCAUCAUUAGGUGACUAUGUAGGCCAAGAACCAUAAGUCUAAUAUGCAUUUUGGCUGAAUUAUGGCCCUUUUUGUACUUAGAAAAUUUGAGUUUCUUGGUUAAAAUUUUUGUGUAGGGCACUUUUCCCAAAAAACUAUCAGAGUACAGCUUUAAAACUUUGCACACUUAUUUUUCAUUAUUAGAUGAGUAAGUAGACCAAGAACCAUAACUCUAACCUUGUCAGUAUUAUGGUCCUUUUUAUACUGGUCUGUUUAAUAUGACUGCACAUUUGUCCUCGUCUCUGACAUUACAUGCACAGGAAACAACCCUUGUACUUGUAGACGAUUUAGACCGGUGCAUGUUGGUAAAUAACGCGCAGUUCCCGUUACAUCGUAAAUAAUUUACGCGGUAAUUAGAAACAAACCUACAUCGUUUUGACAUCACCUUUCAUCACGUCUGCUCAAUGAUGUCAAUUUCUGCACUUUGCCUGGUUUCCUGUGUUUACUAUUGAAUAGUACUGUGUAGCAGUAAAUGAGCAUUUCUGCACUACGAAGGAACAACAUUGAAAGGUUUCAAAUAUGAAAGCCUAUACCUGCUAGGCAGAAGUGGAAUAAACUAUAGUACGUACCAAAGAGCUAUAAAAAUAAAAAAUACGUACCUAAGAGAACAUUAGCAGAUGGACAUAAAUGCAAGCACUUCCAUUCGUUAUAAAGAAUGAGAAAUAUUUUUAAAACAUAGACAGAAAAGCUUUAAACUUAAAGUUUGAACUUACACCUUACAUGUAGAUAUGUUUUUAUAGCGGGGCGUAAUGCUGUACUGCACUUAAUUUCUUAACUAUAUGAGAUAAGUUAUACAUAUUUCAUACAUAUUUUAUUCGGAUGAGAGCAGUUGUAAUAAAUAAUACUGUUUAUCUGUCCUAGAAUCGUUUCAUUAAACAUUUUUUUCUUCUGUUGCAUAUGAGUAAACAGAAAUAUUUAUCCUAGCGUGUGUUUUGUGAAGACACAAACAUUAGUCUUAACAAAACACACACUAUGAUACCACUGCUUCAAAAAGUGAGCACCAGUCUAUUUUUCUUCUUCAUAGUUCUCUUUAUUCAAUUUUCACUUUUUUGUAAACAUAAUCGUCACUAGCGCCAUCUUUACAAUAAAGUGCCAAUUUUAAGCUUU